UCGCUCGCGAGGCUUGUUUACAUUGUGAAGUACUUACGGGAAGCCAGAGUCUGAGAACAAUGUCCCAAAACUACACUAAAACGUGUUUUUAAAUGAGUUCCCGGCAUCUCCACGUACACCACUCGUUCACUAAACACACUUAAACAUCGUGAGUAACUUGCAGCAACAGUGAGAUCGUCCAUCCUUCACAGUCUUCCCAGUCAACUUACUCGGUCCAGCAGCCCCAGUCAUGUCCAGACUGGUACACAAAGGAAAACCGUAAGCCCCAGAAUGAAUAAUCGUCCACGGUAUAGAUCCAUGGAGAUUGCACUGCCACCUCGUGAACGCACAACCAGCACAAGCAGUCUGAUUGAUGAUGGAACAAAGCGAAGAUCUUCAUCUCGUGCCAUUAAACGGCCAAAAUUUGAUGAUGAAUUGGUGGAAUCUAGUCUUGGAGGACAAGGGUCUACACCAAUUAGUAAAAUCCGUACACGUAAUCCAUCAUUAUCAACUGCUUCCGACUGCUCACUGUCUUUACCCCCAACACCUUCCGUCACAUCUGACGUUCGUAAACGUUUGUCGUCAAAGUCUUCCAGUAAACGCGCUAGAAAAGGCCGGGGAUCACAGUCUAUUGUUACUAAAGACUUGGGCAGGUGGAAACCCACAGAUGACUUGGGACUGAUCAUUGGGGUGCAGCAAACAUGUGAUUUGGUUACAGUACAUAGAGGAGUAAAGUUUUCAUGCAAGUUUACACUUGGUGAAGUUCAAGAAAGAUGGUAUGCAUUACUUUAUGACCCUACAGUAUCAAGAAUUGCUCAGCAAGCUAUGAAAAAUUUACAUCCUGACCAAAUACAAGCAGUGCAGUCUCGAGCACUAUACAGUAAGGCAGAAGAGGAACUUCUAGGUACCAUCAAGUCUAACUCUAACCCAACACUUCAAACAUUUGAGCAACACCUUAAGGAUAACCCACACGUAUUCUUCCUGUCUCGAACAGCAAAGAGUCUACUGGCUCACUGGCAGUUGCUUAAGCAGUAUCAUCUUCUACCUGACCAAAGUGUUCCACCUCUCAAUAAGAAUGGCCCAGUUAAGGAUUUUACAGAAGCAGAGCAACAGAUUCAUGAUUCAGAGUUGUAUGAAAGUAGUGAUGACCUGUUAGAGCAUGAGCUUGGAAUAGCCAGCAGAGGAAGUAAACGUGAAAUUCGCCUUCUUGAAGAUCAGGUCUCCAAGUGGCAAGUCUUGGUUGACACUGUUACAGGAAUCUCUCCACCGGAGUUUGACAACCAGACCCUUGCUGUUCUCCGUGGUCGAUUAGUCAGGUAUCUAAUGCGCUCCCGAGAGAUCACUUUGGGCCGAAAAGCUGCAGGUGUGAAUGUAGAUGUUGAUCUUUCAUUAGAAGGACCAGCAUGGAAGAUAUCUCGUAGACAAGGUAUCAUCAAGCUUCGCAACACUGGUGACUUCCUUGUUGCAAAUGAGGGAAAGAGACCAAUAUAUGUUGAUGGGAAACCUGUGUUGGCUGGCAACAAGACCAAACUCAUUAACAAUUCAGUGGUUGAGAUAGCAUCACUUAGGUUCAUAUUUCUCAUUAACCUUGAUCUUAUUAAUGUUAUUCGCCAGGAAACUGCAAAACUUAGUGGUCAUUAAUGGAGAUAAAAUGUAAAUAAGUGUUCAUCUUAAUAUUUUACACAACAUUUUGGGUACUUGCUAGAUAGGUAACCCAUGAUAUAACUUGCACUUGUCUUGUAAUACAGCCUAACAUCUGUAUAACAAGAAGGAAUUUUAUAUCAUGAUAAAUCCAGUGUUACUUAUAAUUCAUUGUACAAAAAAACAUUAUUUUGUAAUAGACCAUAACACAAUAGACCAAAGAUUAAAGCCACAAUAAAUGAAAUAUAGAAAAUCAUUUGUAACUCCAUUGGAAUAAUUUUCAACAUUUGUGCAGAUAAUUAUAUGGUGUAACUGUUAAGAAGUACCUGUGUACCUGGAACAAAUAAAUUAGUAUGUAUUUC